GCUGGAUCGAGGAGGACCGAUGGUCGGUCUUCAUAGACACGGACGCAGGCGCAGACACGGACGGGCACCCGCCCACGCACGCACGCUCGUACAUAGGGCUCGACGGCCAGGUCCCCAUCGGAGAGAACACCACGCGCGGAGGCGUGCGGGAUAAACGCGAUGCGGGCGGGGCGCGGACGCACGGCACGAGGACGCUCGCUGCGCCGCCGCCGUGUAUGUUGCCGUUGACGACGACGACGGCGGCGCUGGUAUCACAACCGCGACGGGCCGCUGUAUGUAUGCAGCACGGGGCGCUAUUAGAGCGCCGAGCCGCGGACGGCGCGGACUCGCUUGCUGCCGCUUGCAACCGUCGAAUGCCGUCGGGUACGAUGCGAUACGAUACUAUCGGGCGCCGUGCGGUGCGCGCACCGGGGACGCGGAGGAGCUGUGUCCGUGCGCGCGCGUGCGUGCGGCGCCGCGGGGCCCGCGGGGACGGGCGCGCCUGUCGAGCGCGUCGGCAUGGCUUGGCUUGGCGUGGGGCGUUGUGCGUGGUGUGCAUGCGGCGCGCGCAUCGCAUCGUACGGCAUGCAUUGCAGCGCGCGGUAUUUGGGACUCCGGGACUCCGGGACUCCGGGAGGGCGGCCGUCAUCGUCGUCGUUGUCGGCGUUGGCGUUGGCGUUGGCGUUGGCGAGUCGUCGUGGAGGGCUGGGGCGCGCGGGGGCGCCGAGCGAGGCGGUGUGAUG